AUGAGAUCAUUCUUGGGGUUGUUCUCCCUCGGCAUGGGCGGGGUAGUAGCUCACGGUACCCCUCAUUCUUCCUCCUCCUCAUUCUUCCUCCUCCUCAUCCUCCUCCUCCUCAUCCUCAUCCUCCUCCUUCUGGACAUCCUGACGGGAAGUCAGUUCCACGGACUCAAGACGUUCGGCAGCCUUCCGUAUGUGAAUUGUUUUUCGGACGAAGAAGCGGCCUCCAAGAAGUACGACAUUGCUGUUCUUGGCGCUCCCUUUGAUACAGCUGUUACCGGACGACCAGGAGCCCGCUACGGGCCGACAGGAAUUAGGGUCGGGAGUCAACGCCUCGGAGGAUUCGAUUUCUACACGGACGAAGAUGCAUUGCAUGACUGGGCUACCGUUGUGGACUGCGGCGACGCCACCUUGACCUGGCUCGACAAUACCGUUGCCUUCAAGCAGCUCGACAAGGCGCACAGAGUCAUAUCCGGACGGCCCACGGCCAACGACACGGUUGCAGCCGUGCCGAGAAUAUUGAUGUUGGGCGGUGAUCACAGCACCACUCUGUCGGCACUGCGAUCAACCUUUCACCGAUGGGGUCAGGUGUCCGUGAUCCAUUUCGAUAGUCACAUUGACACAUGGAAUCCUGACGUUCUCGGAGGCGGCAUCUCCGAUUAUGCAGGCAUCAACCACGGAACCUUCCUCCACAUCGCCCACGAAGAAGGCUUAAUCCGCAACACCUCCGUCCACGCCGGCACUCGCGGCCCCAUCAUCAAGCGCAGUGACCGUGCUAACGACAAGCGCUGCGGCUUCACCGUCAUCACAGCCCGGGACAUCGACAAGCACGGGAUCGACUGGAUUAUAUCGACCAUCAAGGCCCGGGUGGGUGACUCGAGGGUGUAUAUCAGCGUCGACAUUGACGUCUUGGAUCCGGCGUUUGCUCCGGGCACGGGGACCUCGGAACCCGGCGGGUGGUCUACGAGGGAACUACUGACUAUCAUUGACGGGCUGAGAGGCUUGUCUGUUGUUGGGGCGGAUGUGGUAGAGGUCAGCCCGGCUUAUGAUAAUAAGGGGGAGACGACGGUUCUAGCUGCUGCGCAGGUUGGGUUGUCGCUUAUUAGUUUGAUGGUUGCUAAGCCGGUGAGUGAUUGAUGGCAAGUGAUUGUGUUGGCUAGUCUGGCAUUUUUGCUGGGUAGUGAUCAUGGUGAAUCUGAGGAAGACUAUCGUGGAAAGUUAGUAACAUGAACGAGGAAUAAAAGAAAAAGAGGGAGGGG